AUGUCCGGCGUGCCCCCCUCCGCGCCGCACCUCGCGCUCUUCCGGGGGGUCGCGCCUGUGUUGCAGCCGCCCCCGGGCUCCAAGGUGGCGCCCAUGGCGGCCACGGGGGUCGUGAUGCAGCCGCCCGCCGGCUACGUGCCCCCCGCGGGGGCGAAGAAGCCGCAGGCUGGCGGCGGGGGCUCCAAGAACGGCGUCCGGCUGUUCGUGGGCGGGCUGCCGCCCGAGGCGGAGGACUCAGACAUCAAGGAGUACUUCAGCAAGUUCGGUGAGCUUACGGAGUCCCAAGUCAUUCGCGACCGGGCCACCGGAAAGUCGCGGAACUUCGGCUUUGUAGGGAUAGCGGAUGUGUCGCGCGAG